UUUUAUUCGUUUAAGGCAUCAUAAUGCCACAGCUGUAUAAUCGACAUGUCAUAGGUCAAACCGAUGAGAUACCAUUUUGCAGGCUUCGACGUUACAGUCGAUGUCGUGUUCUUUGGCGAAACAUCGACUACCUCUCUGUCAUUUGUCUUUACAUCCUGCUGAGCUCCAUUAUAUAAUUUCAUCACGAUCAAUCCACACUUCGCCAUCGGUCCAGUCGGCUGUCCGCACCUUGAGCAAAAAUUUUCACAAAUGGCACGAACGAAUGUGAAAAGACGACAUUCUGAUUUGCCGCAAUUCGAAUCAGUUGUUAGAAUCUCCAGUCUUCCCAUCAUAGAAAACGGUAUACAUAUAGCUGGCAAUGUGUACGAUAGAAUAAAGCGUUCGAAUUCAUUGAUGGGUUGGAGUUUGUAUACUGCUGAACAGUCAUUUGCGAUCGCAACAGCGUCAGCAAAACCCGCGAUUCAUGCAUUAAAUGGACCUAUUACAACGAUCGAUCAAUUGCUCUGUAAAGGUAUAGAUAUCGUUGAGCAAAGAGUGCCAGCAGUCCAUCUUCCGCCACAUCUUAUGUAUUGCAAUGCACGAGAAUACGUGAACAAUAAAAUCGUCAGGCCUGUUCUGAUGCGUGCCGGAAGCGUGAAGAUAAUAGGAAGCCAAGCUGCGGAUGUUGCAGUAGACACAUUAGAUGGUGCUUUAACUGUUGCGGACAAAUAUGUUGAUCAUUAUUUGCCUGCUGAUGUUACCGACGGUAUAGAUGAAGUUGCUUCUCCGGAAUCGGUAAGUAAGACCAAACGAACUAUCAAUCACGGUGCCAGACUAUCUAGGAAAUUACAGAAACGACUAACACGUCGCACGCUAGCUGAAGCUCGAGCACUUAAGGAACAAGGAACGGAAUGCAUUCAUAUACUUUUGUACGUUAUAGAAUUGUUAGCAACGGAUCCAAUAUUAGCGUUCCAAAAAGCCAAAGAGCUGUGGGGAACUUUAAGUUUGCCCGAACCGGAGAAUCAAGCUCGGCCGACCACUGUAGAGCAAUUAUUGGUUCUUCUAACGCGUGAAUCUGCACGUCGUAUUGUACAUCUGGUGAAUGGAACAGCAGCGUUAGCAGCCAAAACUCCUCGCAAUCUUGGCAGACUUCUCAUUAGAGUUUCAAAUCAAUUGCAUGCAGUUGCAAAUGCUACAUUAAACAUGAUACCAAUCAUCAAUCAAAAGGAUGUAACGAAAAAACAUAUUUCAGCUGUACGUUUAGCCAUACAAAGGCUCAAUUCAAUUACGAAUCAGUUAUUGGAGCAGUUUGCAGCUUUUCUAGCUGGUCGUCCAAGCGUUUCAAAAGUAACACACGUCCAGACUCAUCAGCAAAACCACAAUAACCACAGGUCGAUGUCUUCCAAUCCGCCAGUAAAUGGUAUCGAUCUUCAGAGAAACAAGGGAUUAGCGAUAAAGAAAAGAAUGGCUGCCGAAAUUGCACAACUGCCUCAUAUCGAAGUGUUUCAUCGUGUAAUGGAAAUUCCAGUAAUUGAAAGUGCAAUAUCAAAAUCUGCAGCGACAUAUUUGCGCGUAAAAGAUUGCAACCAGUUGGUUCAUUGGGCACUAACCACUGCAGAAACUUCUUUAAGCAAUGCAACGAAGCAAGCGGUACCCAUUGCUGCUCCCAUAGCUAAGAAACUCGAGAACCCUAUACACUUCUUUGACCACACGCUGUGUCUUGGUCUCGACAAAAUCGAAGAAAAAGUACCAUUGGUUAAAGAGAAACCCGAGCAGGUUAGAAAUAAAUCCCUUUUAAGUAUUUCUCUCGUUAACAAUUUAAUAAUUUCCCAAGCUUUAAGUUUGAGAGAUAUAAGUUGGAACAAAGCGAAUCAAAUUUUAGAAACACAAUAUGGCAGUGCAGCUGUUAGAGGUUUGGACAGCACAGCUGAUAUUGUUGACAAAUUGAUUGAUAAAUUUUUUCCUGCUACAAAAGAUGAACAAUCAAUAGAAAAAAUGGCAGAUAAUAAAAGUACUUCAUCAUCUGAUAGUACACCCCAUCUCGAAGUGAUUAAUCGCGUAAAAAGCAUUCCUGUUAUUCAUUCAGCUAUAGAAAAAACGGGAUCGACAUAUUCUUAUCUCAAAGAUUCGCAUCAUUUAAUCAAUUGGGCAUUAACUCAAGCCGAAGCUGGAUUACAAUAUGCAACUGCCACAGCUGCUCCUCUUACUGCACCUUUAGCUAAAAAGUUCGAGGAACAAAUCACUGCUGUAGAUCAAAAAUUAUGCGAAGGGUUAAACAUGGUCGAGCAAAAAGUACCAAUCAUGACACAACCACCUCAAAAGAUUUAUGAUGCAGCCAAAGCAGUAAUGAGUAGUUCCUUGCAACCAACAAUUGACAAAUUACACGCUGCAAAAGAAUCAGCUACGCAACAAGCAUCAACUCUUAAAGAAAUUAGUAUGGCAAAGGCUAAUGAAUUGUUAAAUACACAAUAUGGUAAUAUGGCGGUACAAAGUGUUGAUAAUAGUAGCGCUCUCAUUAACGGUUUAUUGGAUCGUUAUUUCCCACCAAUAGAAGGGGAAGAAAACAUGCCAGCUCCAGUAUCUGCCGAUGAGAACAAAAUUUUGCAUGCUGUACAAACCAUUGGACAAUUGUCCACGAAAACCGCUAAUCGAGUAUACCAUUCGGUCGUAGCACAAUUAAAAACAGUGAAAAAAGAGGAUGUUGCAUCGUAUAUGUCGAGCGUUAUAUCUAUUCUUCACCUAACACACUUUUUAAGUUUGAACGAUAAACAAAUCAAUAAUAAAAAUGCGACUGAAGAAAAUACAGAAAAAAAGUAAAUACGAAUCUUACUAGUAAUUUUACAAUAAUGCACCUCUCGAAUAAAUAAUUGUAGAAUAAAUUUCAUUAUUUUGUCAGUUCACGAUCAGCAUGAAGAGUGAGAAUUAAUAUUUGGAUAUUUAAUUUAAUAUAUACAAUAUCAAUUAUA